AUGGAGCAGAAGGAGAUGUACUCCUUCACCUUCGACUUGCUCAACUACGUGAUUUCCCUGCUGAAGCCUGGAGCCUCGUUCAGUAGCAUUUACGCUGACGCGCGCGCCUACGUGGAAGAACGGAAGCCUGGCCUCGUGGACCACCUCCUCAAGAUGGUUGGACACUGCAUGGGGAUUGAGUACAGGUCGAACUCGCUCGUCCUUAACGCGAAGAACCCAAAAUCCGUCGUAGAGAGAGGCAUGGUCUUCAACAUCUCUGUCGGUUUCUCGCACCUCACAACUUCAAAGGGGAAGAACUACGCGAUCUGGCUAGCUGACACCGUUCUCCUUCCGACGGAAGAGGGCGCAGCUCCUGUUGUGUUGACGGACGGGACGUCGAAGGCACUCCGCCACGUCUCGUACGAACUGGAGGAUGCAGAGGAGGAGCUUGCGGAGAAAUCGAAGGCGGCCGACGUGAAGAAGCCGAGCACUAAGGAGGAGUCAAAGCCGAAGGGCGGCGAGGGCAAGGACGCACAGAAAAAGAGUGCGAAGAAGGAGAGCUCGAAAGUGAAAGAGAAAGAGAAAGAAACGAGAAAAACAGCGACAACUGGUGGCGCCAUUUCCGCUACGAUCCUCAACAAUGCCGAAUCCGUCAUUCUUAAAGACAGACUCCGGCGGCGGACUGGGUCUCAAGCUGCGACUGCGCAGCAGGAGGCCGAAGAGAGAGACGAGCGACAGAGACAGCUGAGGAAGAAGAAGUCUGAGCAACUGCGGCUGCGCUUCGACAACGAAAAGGAUGGCGCGGGCCUGGAGAGGAAGAAGAAAGAAGGGAAAAAAAUGGAAGACAUCAAGUGUUUCUCGGGCCCUGAAGGUUUCCCCCGGGAUCUCAAAGCAAACAAACUGUAUGUGGACUUCAAGUCCGAGUCGCUUUUGGUUCCUAUCCACGGGUCUCACCUCCCUUUCCAUUUGUCGACCGUGAAGAACGUGACGUGCAGCGAGGCACAGGGCGACUCGUCGGGGAGUUCCUUGUCGGUUUCCGGCAAGAAUCGGUCGCCGUUCUUCGUGCUGCGAAUUAACUUCCAAGUGCCUGGGAGUCAAACGCUGACGCUGAAAGGCGAAGAGAACCCCCUGCCGGACCUCUCCGGAAAGCCAGACACCGUUUUCAUCAAGGAACUGAUGUUCAAAAGCGAAGACGGCAGGCACCUGCAAACGAUCUUUAGGACGAUCAAAGAGCAGCUGAAGCGGGUGAAGCAGAAGGCUCUGGAGGACGAUGUUGCGGGGGAGAUGAUGGAGCAAGACAAGUUGAUUCUCAAUCGCACUGGGCGGCGCGUCCUGUUGAAAGAUUUGAUGAUUCGCCCAAACAUCGCCCCCGGGAUGCGCAAGCUCAUCGGUUCCCUCGAGGCCCACACCAACGGCCUUCGAUUCACUGUCAACACUCGCGGGCAAAUUGACCAGGUCGACAUCACGUAUAGCAACAUCAAACACGCCAUGUUCCAGCCUUGCGAACGCGAGCUCAUUGUCCUCAUCCACUUCCACCUCAAGUCUGCGAUCAUGGUGGGCAAGAAACGUACGCAGGACGUUCAGUUCUACACAGAGGCGGGCACACAAACGGACGACCUUGACAAUCGCCGGAAUCGAUCUUUCCACGACCCAGAUGAGACGCAGGACGAGAUGCGCGAGAGAGAACUCAAGAGGAAAUUGAACAACGAAUUCAAGCGCUUUGUCCAGCAGGUAGAAGACAUCGCAAAGGUUGAGUUCGAUCUGCCUUACAGAGAGCUCCGCUUCACUGGUGUGCCGAUGAAGAGCAACGUGGAAAUCCUCCCGACUGCAAACUGCCUCGUCCACUUGAUCGAAUGGCCGCCGUUCGUGCUUCCCCUCGAAGACAUCGAACUCGUCAGUUUCGAGCGCGUCGCCCACGGUCUGCGGAACUUCGACGUCAUCUUCGUCUUCCAGGACUACACAAAGCCAGUUAAGCGGAUUGACUUGGUUCCGAUUGAGUUCCUGGACAACUUGAAGAGGUGGUUAAACGAACUGGAGAUUGUCUGGUACGAGGGCAAACAGAACUUGAACUGGAAUGCGAUUUUGAAGCAAAUCCGCGAUGAUCCGCACGGCUUCGUCGAGGCGGGAGGCUUCGAAAUGUUCCUCGGAGACGACAGUCCCUCUGGGGAAGAGGGCGACACCGACGAAGACGAUGACGACGAGGAAUACGCCGAAUCGGGCAGCGAGAGUGAAUACAAUGAAGGGAGCGGAGAGGAAGAGGAAGACGGGGGGGAGGGAUCCUCGGAAGAAGACUCGAGCGACAGCGACGACGAUGAGUCUCUUGCAGACGAAAGCGACGAAGAUGAAGAAUACAACGACGUCUCGUCAGAUGAAGAAGAAGGCCUCAGUUGGGAUGAACUGGAAGAACGCGCAAAGAAGGGUAAACGAGAGUCCUGCACAAAGGGGGACAUGCUGUAA